AUGAUGAAAAUAUUUAAAAUUCCGAAAGCAUCAAUAUGGAUAUUGUAAAAAAAUCAUUUUCAAUUCCUUAUCAAGAAAAUUUUAUAUCACUUCAAAUCAUCGACGCUCUUUAAUUAAAAUAAAAGAUUACAAAUAGAUUCAUUUGUUCUUUAUUUAAAGUUAAUGAAUAUUGUAUCAAUUGCAUAGGGAAAAUAAUUUAAGAUAAAUUAUAUUGAGAGCAACUCAAUCUUUUUUGAGGAAAAAGAUGAUUUUGAAUAAGUAAUCCUAAUAUAAACCAAAAUUAUAUAAUAAGAGUAAUGUGAUUAUAUGCAUUUUGAUGAAGUUAAAUAAACAUUUAUAUUGCUCUGCAGCAAUAAUCCUAUGUUGAAGUUAUAUGAAGUAGAUAUUCAUAAUUCAACAACACUAUAAUUUUAAAUAGAUUUAAGUAUUCAAUAUUAAGAAAAGUGUAAAAUAACUUAAUAUAAAUUAAUUGAUAAUAGUUUGAUAAUUGCCUAUUAUAAUUGUGCUCAUUGGAUAAUUUUAAAGACAGAUCAAUCAAAUAAGAAGGCUUAAGUAUUUAUUGAUUAUCAACAUAUUGUAAUAGAAAAUAAGUUGAAGGUAAUAAGAGAGAUUUAAUUUUGUGAAAAAAAUUCUCAAUUUAAUCUAUAUUUAAUUGAAGAAAAUCGAUACGCAAAAAUUGAAACUCAGAAAAUAGGAAUUGGGUUAAUUUCAUUUACCAUUUAUACUGCUUCAAAUUUUGUAUAAAAGUUAAUAAUUAUGUAAAAAUGUUCGCAAAUUAUACCAAUAAUUUACAAUUAAUAAGAUUUUAUUGUCACUUCAUAGGUAUAAAUUACUGAAUUUGAACUCCAUAAGUAAUAUGAGUUUUAUGAUAUUAAUUAUGUCCAGUAUUCACUUUUCUUAAAGAGAAAAAAUGAGCUUACUGUUGAUGUAACUAAAUUCAUUAAUAAAACAUAUUCAAUUGAGGCAACUCCAUUGAACUUUUUGGAUUAAUUUAAUUUAUUUUAUUAAAUUGAUCUUUCCAAUAAAGUUAUACAAUUCUAUAGGUUUUCACUAAUGAGAAAAAUACUGAAACCUACUAAACAAUACAUAUUUGAAUUAGAUGAGUAAUAAAUUUUUGGCAACUACAACAAUAUUUAAUGUAGAAGGCUAGAGUAAAUAUCAUAAGCCCAAACUUAGAUUCCUAUAUAUACUAUUGAUACCAUAUUUAAUUGUGAUAUGAAAUUAAACUGUAAAACCGACAUAAAGCCAGAAACCCCCCUUGAAUUAAAUGACUUUGAUAUUUUAAAAUUAAGAACAAAUUAAUUAAGUCUAAGUAUCAAAAGAUUAACAAUUAAUAAAAAUUAGUGUUUGAUCAAGGGUCUAUAAUAUGAGUCUCAUUAUAAAAUUUAUGAUGUUUCAAGCAUAGAAUAAGAGAAUAUCAUUUAUGAAAUCGAUAACAAUCUCUUCGUUUAUAAUUGCUUCAGAAAAAGAGUUGUAUUAUAAAUUGUUUUACAUUCUACUUAAGUAUAUGACUAUUAUAGUAACUUUCUAAUUUAUGAUCAGAAUACUAAUGUUGGUAGGUUCCUUUAGUGUAGAAAUUAUAAUAUUUAAUAACAGUAUAUAAAGUUUGAUCAUAAGGUUUUUCAAAUUAAACAAUUUUAAUAAUAUUUACUUAUUUACACAGGUGUAAAUAAUUAAAUUUAAAUAAUAAAUUUACUCCGUCAAGGUUUUGACUCAGUAAUUGCAACAAAUUUAGAAAAUUUACAACAGAAUUCUUCCUCAAACACCUAAAUUUUAUUUUACGCAUAAUAUCAAAACUCUUAGAUUCUCUAAUAUCUUGGCUUAAUUUAUAUUGAAAGGGAUAAUAAAUCAAAGUAUUAUAAAUUUCCUGAAGUCUUAAUAAUUGGCAUUUAAGCUAGAGUAAAUUCGCUAUAUUCUAUUAUUGCGAUACAAUUUGAAACAAACUCAAUUUUAGGGUAUAUAUUUGAUGAAGGUGAAAUACAACUUCAACUUAAUUGGACUAAUUCCGAAUUUACCUUAAAAAAGCCUUUGCAAUACAAAGAGACCAGAAAUUACUUUUGUAUUUUAACAGAAAAAAAUCAAUCUAUUUAUGUUUUGAUCUUCUCAUAUCUGAAAGAUGAACUUUUUUUAAAGGAAAUUAUUUAAACAGACACUCCCUUUUUUUUUAUUGAAGAACAUUUUAUAGGUUUUUACAAUCCCAAAUAAGGAUUUAGUAUAACAAAUUUGAUUCAAUAUGAAGUUGAAAUUUAAAUUUAAGAAAUACUAAUGAAUAAAUUAGUUUUAAAAGAUCAUAUAACAGCCAGAAUUCAACCUUAUAAUUUAGAUAAGAAAUAUCAUUUUGAUUUUAAUAUAUUAAUCAUUAAUGAAUGCAGACAUUUGCAUGCACAUUUUAACUCAACUGAAAUCUACUAAAAUCCUCCAAACUUCUAAAUCAAAGUAUCUAAUUAUUUUUAUGGUCCUAUUGAUAAAUUAAGCUAUAAAAUGAAUUCAAAUAAAAUAAUUGAUAUAAGUCCAAUUAAUCCAAUACUAUCUCUCCAAAAAUGUUAAGAUUUGAAAUAAAUUGCUUGCUAUUGGUCUUUGAAAAUUCGAAAUUUAGAAUCAAAAGUAGAAGUUCCAAUCAUUGUAUUGGAUAAUAAUACUUUCUAGUUUAUUUUUCCGUCAUUUUCUGAAAAAAUAGCAAUAAUCUGGUUGGGUAAUUUUGAUUUUUUAAGUAUAUAAAUAUUGGGUUAAGCUCUGUAUGGUAUUGAGUAUUAAUUAGAAGAGGAAGACACCUUUUUGAUAAGAAAAAAUAGCAUUUCAAGAAAGUUUGAGGUUGAAUAGGUGGAUUUAUUAAGAUAUUUAAAAAGAGAAGGAAAUUUGAUUCUGAUAAAGACCUCAAAUGAGAAUAUUUUCUUAUAUGUUGAAAAAGGUUAAUUUGAUUAAAUUACAGGUUUGGAUAACGUCAUUGACUUAAUUUUUAUAGAAAAUACAGAAGAACAUUAUUUAUUGCUUCAUUAAAUCAAAUCAACCUUUAAUUUUGUUAUUUCGAUUCGUAAAUUUAGAUUAACAGAAUAACCAAUUAUUUCCUAUUUAAAUGUUACAUAACCACUUUUAUAAGAAGUGAAAAAAGUACUUUAAAACAAAUUUAUUUUUGAAAAUAAUUCAACUUUUCAAUAAAUAUAAUUGGUUUCUUGUAAAAGGAUUAAUGAAUUGAUUACUAUUAAAGUAUUAAUUAUUUUACAACUUCGCUCACUAGUACUUAAUAUAGAAAUAAAUAAAGAAUAAAUAAAUGGAGUUUAUUUAUAAACUUAGAUAAGAUAUCCAAUACAAUACGAUAAUGGAGCUAUUGCUUUUGAUUUAGUGGAUGAAAACAUUUUGGUUCUUAGCCAUUUCAAUAAUGUAAAUCAUUUUUAUUAUUAUGACCUAAAAAAUGAUAAUGAAUUUCAAGAUUACGUUUACUCAAAUUAGAACCUUGAAAUUACCAAACUCAAUACUACUCAUUAUAUGAUUUGUUAAGCUGGCUUAAUUCGUAUUGCCACUUUUGGAUAUAAUAUUUUUUUAGAUCCUGAUAAGGAUCUGAGCCAAGGAUUAACUUUGUUCGCUUAAAAUCAAGUAUCGUCAGCGGAAGUGAGAUUAAUUCUGAUGAGUAAACGUCACUUAACUAAUUUUGUAUAAUUAAUAACCUUGUUUCUUAUACAAUUAUAUAUUAGGAUAAAUUAGAAAUAGAUAAAAUCAAAAAAAUGA